AUGUUUGGGCGUAAUCAGUCGUGUGUAAUCGAGAGCCGGGUGUUAAAAAAAGAAAGGAAGACUCAAAACUUUUCCAAAAGCUUUUUUUCGCACUCGUGAAAAAAACAGAGAUUGUUCGGAAGGCUUUAUAAAUAAUUAACACAGAGUGUACAAGUAUGUGACCCGUGUCUUCACAACGUGGAGUCGAGUUCAGCCUCCCUGGAGAAAAGAUUUACUUAAGACAUGAGCAUCAAGCUACAGGACCUCAGGGUGUAAGAGGCGAUCACCAUGGCAACGCAGUUUAGUAUCGAUGAUGCCUUUGUAUUGGAGGGAGACGAGGAGGGAGCCGUGUCUGAUGGAGAGACAGAGGGGUGGAAGGGAAGAGACAAGGACAGGGAAGGAGGAGAGAUGACAUUCGGUCCUCUAACUUUCUCCAAACCUCAGACUCAUCCCUCGCCUGCUGCCACCGGCUCCCUUGAACACAGUAACCUAAAGUAUCAGAAUCUGGAAAAUGAAGACGCCUUGGGCAGCAACAGCAAUUACUCUUUCAAUAACAUCUUCAAAAUCAGUGACCCUGCGACUCUGUCUUACUGCAGCUCCCAAUGGUCCUUCAGCACCUUGAGUUCUGUCACACAGCUUUCUGCACACUGCUGCGGGUGGGUGUCCCAUCCGCUGGUGAAGAAAAACAGAAGAGUCGUUCUUGCUUCAUUCCUUCUCCUCAUCACCGGAGUUGCUCUUAUUUUCACGGGUGUUGUCAUACAGUUGAAUCCAAAUGCAGGUGUUUCGAGUGCUAUUUUCUUUGUGCCUGGAUUUCUUCUCUUCAUCCCUGGAGUGUACCAUGUGAUAUACAUCAGCUGUGCUGUCCGUGGAAGAAGAGGCUUCAAAUUGUUCUACCUACCUUAUUUUGAAAAAUGACAUUUUAUGAGACACUACAUUUUCACUACAUUUCUUUGUUUGCUAUGUUAAAAUGAAUUGUAUUUUGUCACUUGUCACAUUUGUCAUGUAUUGUCACAUGGUUGUUUUUUCUUGUCAUUGUAAUGACCACUACUAAUUCAACCACUCAGUGUCUCGACUAUUUUUCCACUACAUGAACUGACAUUGCUGUAUGUGUACAUGAAAAAGAAGAAGAUUGGUCUUGCCUGUGUUUUAAAUCUUGUGUGAAUAAUGACUGUGAAAUUACAAUAAAACGUUUGUAUAUUUUAA